UAUAGUGGAAUAUGCGAUUUUCAAAUAUUGCGUUUGCCUGUGAAAUAUAACGGCGAAACGUACUCGUCACUUUUAAUGUUAAUGUUAAUUGAUCGUCGAAAUAGGAGGCGUAAUUAUCGCUGCUUACAUGUCCGAUGAUUGCAUUAUAUUAUUUUAUUGCGAAUUGUGUAUUUGGCGAUUGUGUGGCGCAACAUCUUGACUGUUAUGUAUAGAUUCGCAGGCAGAGCUAUUUUAGACUUUAACUAUUUUAGAGUUUAAUUUUAACUGUCAAGUGUUUGAAAAAUGUGACUUUUAUACACAAUUUUUGACUGGUCGUUCAAUACGCGCUUAUGUCGGUGGCCUGAAAACAAAAAAAAAUUUCAUUGUCAAAGAGACCUUUGUGGUUAUAUGGGUAUAAAAUAAUUAAAUAAAAAGAGAGUAAAAAUAGCUUCAAGAUUUCAGAGAUGGAUAUUCCGAAGACACCGAUGGAGAAUCUUUUAAAUAUGUUGUCAGGACUCAGUGCCGGUCAUGAAAAGGCUUUGAAGCAAGGCAUUUAUAAUGCCGUUGCUUUAUUUCUAUUAUGCCUUGUGUCUGCUGCAGGAUAUGGACUUUGCAUUGUUCUCAGCCCAUUUUUGAAGCCACUGAUUUGGGCUUUACUUUGUGGCUCGGUAUUAUUUCCCGUCAAGUCAUCUUUAACUACGAUUGUGCAGUCAUGGUUCGCCGCCACUGAGAAGUCGAAUAAAUUAUUUUUGCUCAGUUUGUCGAUAGUACCUGUCAACAUAUUUGACAAACUUUCUGAAUUUGUCGGUUCGUUUUUGCAAAAAUAUCUGAGAUAUAUUUUGAGCAUUUUUUCAUCGCUUAUAGGAAUAUCCAUAGUUUACAAAUACCUACCAAAUAUUAUAUACUGCUUGAUAUGGAGACUAUUCAUGAUAGUUAAUAUUAUUCUCAACUUUUUUAUAUCCAUGUGUAAUAUUUAUUUGAUGGCCACUGUUACGCUAGGAUACUUGUCUGUGUUAUAUUUCUUUUGGACUCCGGCGAAUAGUACUCGAUUUUAUCGCAGUUCAUUCAUUAUGUGGCUCAUCAUUAGCCUAUUCAUAUCGAAUGCUUUGGGAGCGUAUCAAGUAUUUAUUUUUUGCAGCCUUCAGAUUUUAUUUCUAGUUGGAUUUAUAUACGAAGUAAUACUAAUAUUAGAUCAUCACGAAAUGAAUGGUAAAAGAACUUCGUUUAUAAAUGUAGUGAAAUCUGCAUUUAAUAAUAUCGACGAGUCGAUUACUAAUACUACUAAAAUGCCGACAUUGCUGGAAGACGAGUCAUUAAUAACGGAAGAUGAAUCUGUUACAAAAAAAAGUGCAAUUAAAGAAGCUAACGAUUUAGCUAUCAAGCCGUUUCUCAAAACAAUUGGAAGAUCAUUUUCUAUGGAUCCAAACGUAAGGAAAUCGUCGGAGGAUCAUCUAACUCGAAGAGUUUGUUCCACUAGUAAUAUCACGUCGGAUAAAAUAUCUAUAACAGAUCGCUAUGUUUUAAAGAAAUUGCGUGCGGAAUUACGUAUGUCUUUAGACAUAGAGGUUAAUAAUGUCGAUACCGACAAGUAUAUGUACGGAGCAAUGUAUGCUUGUAUAGGGAUGAUAUUAUGGAAGCAUAAGUGGAUAGCAAUUAUUCUGAUUAUGCCAAUGGCAUAUUUUUAUUUGAAAAAAUUUAGUUCUUAUUUUGGAAUAGGAAAUGGAGUGUUGAAGCAGUGUCGCAGAGCGAUAGAUUUGAUUAGUUUGUGGUGCCAAGAGCGACACCAAGCAUUGAUUCCUAUUAGCAUGAGAGGCCUUUUUAAGGUGAUAAUUAUAAUCGAUCGCAAAAUGACACAAAUUUUAAAAGAAUCGGUCGAUUCGGUAGCAACAACUGCAGUUAUUCUGGGACUUAUAGUUUUUGUCUUAUGUACGUCAGUUUUUAUAACAAUUCAAAUUUAUACCGAAGGAAUGCAUCUGAUUCAAAUAAGUGGAGAAAUUUUAAAUUCAACUUUAAUGAAUCAUCCAGACAUAGAUUGGGUUCCUCAACAGUGGGAAGAGUCGGUUAACAGCGUAUUGGAUAAUGCUUAUGUGUACGGACGCACUGCCAUUUCGGAUGGUAUAAGAAAGUUCGUGAAAGACUUGGAACCCGCAAAAGCAGAACAAAUGGAAAAGAAAGUAUUGGAACUUUGGGAUAGACUUUAUCAAGCCUGGAUGAUGUCAAAUGAUAAUCCAAAUAUGAUUGGACCAUCCGUGGAUGUAAAUGCAGCCUUUUCUGUAUGGGAAAGUUUAACAGAAAGUAUUGGAAAAUCUCCAUUACAGUUAUUUAAUAUGACCAGCAUUCAAAAUUUUGCCAAAGAGAAUGUCGGUAUUCUUAUGUCAGUUUUGGAUUCCAUCUGGGGCAUUAUAAAGGGAAAUAUGUCUGUAAUUCUCAGCUUAAUUACCGAAUUAAUGUACAUAGUACUCAUGAGCGGAUCAGUUGUGCUUAACUUUGCACUAAGUAUGAUUGUCUUUUUUACCGCAUUAUUUUAUUUACUCAAUUCUAGUGGAAAAACCUAUAAACCAAUUGAAUUGAUUACUAAUUUUAGUCCCAUAAGUUGCCACAGCCGACUUGAUGAAAAAGGAUUCGCAACAUCUUUACAAGAAGCCAUAAUUGGAGUUUUUACUGCAACUUUUAAAUUGGCUUCCUUCUUCGGCAUGUGGACCUGGUUCAUACACAAUUUGUUUCAAGUUAAAUUUAUCUAUCUGCCGACAGUAUUAGCCACUUUGCUCGGAGCAGUACCAUUUUUGGAUGCUUAUUUCGCUUGUCUUCCAGCGACCAUUGAACUGUGGUUUACACAAGGACGCUUUAUUGCAAUUGUAUUUUUCCUAUUUCAUUUUCUGCCUUGCAAUAUUGUUGUUAGUGAAUUUUACAAGGAAAUUAAAGGGGGUGGACAUCCAUACCUCACUGGCUUAUCGAUAGCUGGAGGUGUUUUCUGUUUGGGUAUCGAAGGGGCUAUAUUUGGUCCUUUACUUCUUUGUUGCAUUAUGGUUGCAAUUAAUUUAAGUAGAAGAUAUCUUCAAUCACCUUCGGAAGAAGCCAUAAAUUCAAUUAAGUCGCAAAUCGAUCGCCUUGAAUCUUAACACGUAGAUCAUUGUGAUUUAACAAGUAACUAAUAUUUUAAUAGAAUUUAAAUGUAUAAAAACUAAAAUCAUAAGUAGUAUCGCUCGCUAUAAUCGAUUACAAUUAAUGAUUGGAUAUUUAAAGAGAAAUCUAUAGUGUAUAUAACAUUUAUUCUAUUUUUCUAAAGAAUAAGAUAAAAGCGUCUUAUGAAAGACUUUUGCUAUAGCACGCGUUAAAUCUGUGAUUACAUAGUCUUAAAUAGUGUUAAUACAAAAAAAGAAAAAAAAAA